UGACGAGCAAUCGAUGAUAAUAUUGAUAAAUGUAUUUUGAGAUAUUGAGAUAAAAUCAUAAGAUUUAUAUUUUUAGUUGUUGCUGUAGUGAUGGCACCCAUAGGAUCUAUUUUAGCGUUCUUAGCGUUAGGCGCGCGGGCGUUUACGGCACACGCGCCGGCGGGGGAAGCAAAUACGAGUCAUCAAGUGCGGAUUGAAGAUGUCAUGCUGACCUUGAUACCACAGCUGACAGGGGGCUUCCAGGUUAACCUUAUUACAGAAAAUGAGGAAACAACCAUAGGACAUAUCGGACGGUCCCUCGUCUCCAGCAUAUUUAUAACAGAGGAAAUAGAAGGCGGGGUGGAAGUGCAGAUAGGUGGAGCGAACCUGACCAUACACACAGUUUCUGAUACCAACGCUAGAGGGAUUAAGGUCAAAUGGGUUGCGCCCACUCACUUGAGGCUUGAAGAUUGCUUCAAUUUUGGUAAAAACCAUUGGUACGGUGGUCCUAUGCAACUCAACCAGUUAUAUCCCAUUGAAAAAGCCCAACAAAUAUAUUCACCUUACGUUUCCAAAUCUUCGGACAAUGCUGCUAUCGUUGAAAGAUAUUGGCUAAAUUCAGCAGGACAGUACAUCUAUGUACAUCCACAGGUACCUUUGUUUGUGGACUAUUCUAACAUACUAGGCAAUCACAUCUGCUUCGGUGCCCAAAUCGCAGACCCCUAUUCAUCAAAGAGACCUCACAUAGAACUUUCCUACGACAUAUGGCUUCUAGGGAAUGUGAAAGAAGCCCACAAACACGCUGUGGCCAACUAUCUUGGUAAACCAUCAGAUACUCCAGAUUACAGGAUGGUACAACAUCCUAUCUGGUCGACUUGGGCUCAAUUCGGCGUUGACAUAAACGAGACCAAUCUUCUAGAGUUUGCUUAUGAGAUUAGAGAGCAUGGUUUCAAUGAUUCCCAAUUCGAAAUCGACGAUCUUUGGGAAGAGUGCUAUGGUUCAUUGACUGUCGACGAAAAUAAGUUUCCCAAUUUCACGGAUUUCGUCCAAGAGCUCAAAGAUCUGGGUUAUCGUGUAACAGUUUGGGUUCAUCCAUUCAUUAAUAAGAAUUGCGAGCCCUGGUACACGGAGGCUUUAAGCAAAGGCUAUCUUGUUUUGGACGAAUCCGGCAGCCCGAAUGGCACAUGGUGGAAUAGCAACGGCACAGACUCCGGAUACGUUGACUUCACCAACCCCAACGCUGCGGAGUGGUGGUACGGCAGGGUGAUGCAACUAAGAGACGUAUACGACAUUGAUAGCUUCAAAUUCGACGCUGGGGAAACGGACUAUGCUCCACAGAUAUCUGAACAACGCGGCGACAUAAACUUACAACCUCAUCACAUUGUUGAGGCCUAUGUGAGAACUUGUGCUAGAUUCGGAAACAUGGUCGAAGUUCGAACAGGCUUCAGGACCCAAGAUCUUCCAAUCUUCGUGCGCAUGGUGGACCGCGAUUCCAUCUGGGGCUUGAACAAUGGGCUAUCAUCAGUCAUCACGACGACACUCCAGAUGAACUUAAACGGGUACACCCUGGUUUUGCCAGACAUGAUCGGAGGGAACGGAUUCAACUUGGACCACGAUCAAGCAGACUUGCCGAGCAAGGAGCUGUUCAUACGAUGGGUGCAGGCGAACACCUUUCUGCCAGCGAUGCAGUACUCUUUUGUGCCAUGGAAUUUUGACAACGAGACGAUAGAAAUAAGCAAGAAAUACACGGAACUGCAUGCGGAGUACGCUGAUGUAAUAUUCGAUGCUAUGCUGGCCUCAGUUAACAAUGGUACGCCAGUGAACCCGCCGAUAUGGUGGCUCGAUCCCACGGAUGAGGAGGCACUAGUCAUAUGGGAUCAAUACCUUCUUGGCGAAACGAUCCUAGUCGCUCCAAUUCUAGAGGAAGGCAAGACAUCUCGUGACAUCUACUUGCCCAAAGGUAUCUGGUGGGAGUGCGGGGAUCCAGCCAAGGUUCACGCGGGUCCUGCGUGGAUCCACAACUACCCAGCUCCGAUCGAUGUACUCCCAUACUUCGUUAGAGACACGUCGUCCGAACCUGACUCAGCAACGACACCCACUGUCACUAUUCUCUUACUGUUUUUGGGAGUUGUCGCCAAUUUUGUAAAUUUAUACUAACAUAUAAUAAAGCAGAA